UCGCGAACCACAUUUGUGUUGCAUUCGUCAGGCAAACACAGUUUCUGGUAGACAGUAUGCCUUUUCUCUUUCAAAUUUUGGUGUGUUUCGGACUUUUGACUACGCUGAUCAACACAGUGUAUUCCAUCAAGUGUAUGUAUUGCAAGAGUGACCUCCACGAGGAAGCCUGCGAUGCCAUUGGGAGGCGGAUAACCUGCACCGAAGACAACGCCUACGAACACUUUCGCUAUCUGCAGCGACUGAACAAAGACUUGGUGGAACCCAGGCGCAAUGAAGGCUACUCGUGCAUGAAGAUUAAAGUGGGCAACCAUCGAUUGGUGAAGGGAUGCAUCUACUCCAAUCUGCUGGUUUGUGGAGCGUUCCGAAAACGGGCGAAACCUUGCUCGACCUGCAUCGACGAUGAUUGCAACACUGUACAGUAUCGCGAUUUCUAUUUGAACUAGUUUCCGCAGUAGCUGUGAAUUCGAAAUUCGUUUCAAAUGCAAAUACAUAUCGCCCGAGGAAGUGACAUCAAUCAGUCGUAAUUCCUGACAACACGCGUUUUCCCCUUUUUCCACAUGUGAAAGCCACGGAAUCCCUCGCAGCCGAUGGAUGGCCCGAGGAGAAAAAGCAAUGAAUCUUGUCUCAAUAUUGAGUCGUGUAUAAACCCAAAAACAACUGCUUUCUCUUGCC